AUGGCCAUUGCGCAUCCUGCCAUUAUAGACAUCUUCUCCAAGGUGCAAAUGCCAUACAAGCUGUCAAGCGUGGUAUUGGAUAUUGCCGAGCGAGCGCUUUCUGAAAGCGGCCAGACAUCUGCACUUGCACUGCAGCGCCAGAUCAUGGCUGACAGGGACACUUUGGUCAAGAUGCUUGCAGACCCUUUGCUUACGCGUAAUCGCAUUGGUGCUGCCAUCGGUGGCCAGUCUGCAAACUUCGUACUCGUCCCCAUUGUAACGCUAGGCGAACGAGACGACGUACUAGCACAGCGCCUAACUGAGCAGCUACGAGAGCAGCACGCCAUUUCCAUUCGAUACGUGGGUGGACAACCCGGAUGUAAAGGCUGUGUGAGGAUUACAGUGGGGACGGCACAGGAACUGAACACACUCCGCGAGGCUCUUCGGAUGGUGCUUUUGGAGCUAGAUUAG